AAAUAUUUUUUAUUAUAAAAUUUAUUAACUUCCUCUACAAUAAUUUUUAAAUUUUCAAUAAAAAUCUAAAGUAGUAGUCAGCUGCAGUGCACGUGAUCUGAGCAAGAAUGCCACAUCAUCCGGUAGGCCCAUCCAAAACGUGUCUAGUCCAAUGACAGAACAGAACAGCACCCCAGUCACACUCACAAAGAACCCCGACGGUCCCACCAAAACUAAACUGAAACUGCAGGAACGACUAGCAGCGGUAGAAAACCCGGCCGAACCCCGACAACGGAUUCAGAUUUGGUCGCUGAAAAGGGAGAAGAAGAAGAAGAAGAAGAGGAAGAAAAAGGGAGAAAUGCAUUCUUUUGGGUACAGAUUUAAUGCUUUGUUAACGUUCGCCGUCACGAUUCUGGCGCUCAUGUGCGCCAUUGCCUCUCUCUCCGACAACCUCAAUAUUCCUUCUCCUUCCGCCGAAAUCCAGAUAGUGAAUAUCAAUUGGUUCCAGAAGCAUCGGCAGGGGAAUGAUGAGGUCAGCCUGACAAUGAAUAUCUCAGCCGACCUACAGUCAUUGUUUACUUGGAAUACAAAACAGGUUUUCGUAUUUGUAGCAGCUGAGUAUGAAACCACAAAGAACUCCCUGAACCAAAUUUCACUUUGGGAUGCUAUAAUACAAGCGAGAGAAGAUGCCAGGUUUUGGAUUCACACCUCAAACAAAUAUCGAUUUGUUGACCAGGGAAUUUAUCUCCGGGGCAAAGAAUUCAACUUGACGUUGCAUUGGCACGUCAUGCGAAAGACUGGCAAGAUGUCUGCCGACAAGAUUGUCAUGUCAGGAUACCGGUUCCCUGAGGAAUAUAGAUGAUGCGGGUUUCAUAGGUAUAUUUUCACGCUGUAACUUUAACCUUCCCUUUUGAUGUUGGGUAUUACUGUUAAAGGUCAGCUGUAUUAGAGAAUUAACACAAUUUCAUGCUUGAGAAAGUGAGAAAAUGAAUAUUGCUGAACUUUUCCAAACCUUCCUUUUUCUUGAUCUUUAGAUUGUCAGUAAGAUAGGAAAUUACUCGGAACACAAUCAUUCAAUGUUAAAGACAUGUAGAAAAGCUACUAGUUUUCUUUUGAACAAUUUUAUGUUAUUCUUGAAGGAAUUAAAAGAUUAGUAUAUGA